UUUGAUCGUGAAUAAAGUAAGGAGGUGUUGGCAGGACAGGAAUAUUUUUGUGUACGUUUCUUCUCUCGACCCCGGCUGAGGAUUGAAUUGUUUUUCAAAAUGAACAAGGCGAAUUUGAAUCAAGUCGUGUCCCGGUUUUACGGCGAGUACAUGAAGACGACGCCGAAGCGGCUCAAGAUCGUGGACGCGUACCUGCUGUACAUCUUCCUGACCGGAGUGGUGCAGUUCGUGUAUUGCUGCCUCGUCGGCACGUUUCCCUUCAACUCGUUCCUCAGCGGCUUCAUCUCCAGCGUCUCGUGCUUCGUCCUCGGAGUCUGCCUGCGGUUGCAAGUGAACCCGGAGAACAAGAGCCAGUUCCUGGGCAUCAGUCCGGAACGAGGAUUCGCCGACUUCAUUUUCGCCCACAUCAUUCUGCACUUGACCGUCAUCAAUUUCAUCGGCUGAGAAUUAAUAAGAAGCAGAUACAUUCCGCUGUUCAAAAGAAAAGUCAAAUUAUAUUAAAUUGCAUUUGCUGAUUAUAUGUUUGAAAAACGUCAAUUUGUUUUGUAUUGAUGUUGAAAUCUUUAUAUUAAUUUGAAAGAAUAAAAUAUGGUUCACAAAAGAGUGUGAUUGAAUUUCAUAACUAA